AUGUGUUGGUCAGGUGGCAAAUUAGUGGAAGGAGAAGAUGGUUCUAUAGAUUGGACAGAUGGUAUUGUAGUAUCAGAUGGGGAAGUGACAGUGGAAGGUGCUGACUUUGUUUCAAGAAAAUCAGAUGCAGGAGGAAGGGGAUUUUGUGAUGAAAUGGACCAAGAAAAAGGGAAGAUGUAUUUAAAAUCAAGUUCCUUUUCAGGACUUAGUAAGCGCACGACUACUGAGGGACUCAAGGAAGCCUUUUCUAAGUUUGGUGAAGCGGUUCAAGCUAGGGUAGUGACCGAUCGAGUGUCUGGAUAUUCCAAGGGGUUUCGUUUUGUAAGAUAUGCUACCUUGGAAGAUGCUGCAAAAGGCAUAGAGGGCAUGGAUGGCAAGUUUCUGGAUGGGUGGGUUAUAUUUGCAGAAUACGCAAGACCCAGAGCACCUCCAGGGCCUCCAUCUGAGAAUAUGUCCUCUCAAUAUGGCCACAACAUGUCAUCCCCAUAUGGCCGACAGUGACUCAUGCGUUCAUAAAACAAGAUGGUAAUCCUUCACACUGGCCUUUGUCAGUUAGUAUUAUCUAUGAACGGUUCUCUGUUUUCUAUUGGUCGGCCUUCCAUCAAUUGUAACCAUGCAUUUUUGGGGAACAUUACUUAAUACGUGAACUCUGUGAUGAAUUCAGAAAUAUAUUGAUUUGAACUGAUCCAUGUUGGCAAUAUUAU